AGGGAGUGCAUUUCCAUCCACAUCGGGCAGGCUGGUGUGCAGAUGGGCAAUGCCUGCUGGGAGCUCUACUGCCUCGAGCACGGGAUCCAGGCGGACGGGACGAUUCCGGGCCCCAAGCAGGUGAAACCUGUGGAGCCGAAGUCUGAACAAGUGGAUUCUUCUUUUGAGACCUUCUUCUGUGAGACAGCGUCUGGGAAGCACGUGCCCCGGGCGGUGUUCAUAGACUUGGAGCCCACUGUCAUCGAUGAGAUCAGGACUGGGACCUACCAUGCGCUGUUCCACCCAGAGCAGCUCAUCAGUGGCAAGGAAGAUGCUGCCAACAACUAUGCCCGUGGCCACUACACCAUUGGAAAGGAGAUUAUAGACACUGUCCUCAGCAGAAUUCGUAAAAUG